UGAAGGGUCAACAGUGGGAUAGAGGCUAGGGGCACCAUAGAUAGAAGAAGGAAACGUACCCAUUUCAAAGUUGGCCACUUACCCGACCUGGUAGUUUGUAAUCACGGGCUGACAAUGGAACCACGUAAAUCUUUCUGUGCUACUAGUGUCCAGGUUAACAACCCUGAAGGUAUUCAAGCUCAAGCUUCAUUGGAUGAAUUCUUCAAAGAGUGGAAGCAAGACUUGCACGCAUCUGCUGAGACCGUAGAUGCUGAGAUUGAAGGCCAAUCUCACCUUAUGAAAAGUCCUGCGUUUGAUGAUGUCGAUGUGAAAGAAAUCCUUCCUCUUUUUGUAUUACCCUGUCCUCAGUCAUGCUCACGCACAACGGAAAUGACUGAAACCACUCAACAAUGCUUGAAAACAAGGUCAUGCAAUUUGGUUGAUACUCUAAUAUCAGACUUGGAUGAGAUUAGCAGCAUUCCAUUCUUUGAUAUUGAGCUACCAUGGGAAAUUGCUCUAAUCAUUUUCAGUCAUCUGUCCUUGAGGGACUUGUGUGUUUGCUCUCAGGUUAGCCAAAGUUGGAAAGCAUUAGCCGAUGACAAUGUACUGUGGCUUAAGAUUUCCCAAAAGUAUUCAUUUCAACUUUAUGGAAAUGUUGUUAAUUGGAAAACAAUAGUUAAAACAAGUAUAAUCAAAGAUAAGGCUGUGUUUCAAAAUUGGAAAGAAAGAAAAUGUGAACUGUGGGACUAUCAACCAGACAAUGCUGGGGUGCUUCUAUCUGCUCAUCACUCUGACGAUACCCUAAUCACAUGUUAUACAUCUGGGUUGUCAAUGGUGUGGAGAAUUAUGGAUCGGUCUGAUGGAGUUCCAAUUAAGUGGCUGUCGUCAGAUCAUCUGCAGCUGUCUUGCUGUGCUGCUAACAGUCACUGGGGAGCAGUAGGAACAAGUGAUGGUAGAAUUCAUGUUGUUGAUGUUGCUACAUGUGCCGAAGUUGAUUGUUUGGUAGAGGCAGGAUCAGUGCGCAGGAUUGAUGUAGCACAGGACGAAGAAAACCGUGUGCUUGCAUCUCAGGUUGUUCAGACACGAAUCGAUGACAGUACAGUACAUAAAGUAACAGUGUUCUCUCAAGCAGAUGGUUCGUGGGAUCGAUUACUACUUGCUCGUGAAACCCGGCCAGUGCAGCAAAUGAAAUUACUGAAAAUGCCUAAUAUUGGUGUGUGUCUCCUGUACUGCACCUCCAACACUUUAACUGUCCACCCGGUAAAAUCUGUCCCAACACACAUUCUUUCACCUUCUGCAAAUGUUGGCUACAUUUCCUGCUGUGAUCAUUGCUCCACACGCGUAGCAUGUGGAACGUCAACUUUUGGUUACAAAGUUCAGGUGUACGACCUUAUUUCAACUUCAAUGAUGUUCACUUGCAGCAGUCAUAGUCAACGUGUAUCAUGUGUAACCAUCUUUCAAGGAUCACCAGAAUUGAUUGCUAGUGGAUCAGCGGACAAGUGUGUGAGAGUAUAUGACUCCCGGGCAAGCACACUGCCUAUUGUGAAACUAUGUGGGCAUGGAUCACCUGUGUCAUGUGUUCAAAUGGAUGAAUGGAAGGUUGUUAGUGGCAGCCUAAAUGGCAGCUUAAUAGUGUGGGAUCAACGAAUGAAUACUGAACUAUGGAGAAGUCAUGAAAGGCAUCCGGUAUCUUUAUGCAGUUUCAGUCGUGACACUCUUGUUGCAUGCUUUGAACCUUCGGACAAAUAUCCCGUUGUUGAUUCUGACAACCCAUUCAUUUACCAUCGCCGACAUAGAGGACUCGUUCGCUUGUAUGACUUCUCUGUAGACACAUCCAGGUAUACUAACGCUAUUCCUACUAUAUGUACUUCAGGAUUUGAUGAACCUAGUGCGUCUUUUUAUAACAUAGAUUUGAAAUAUCCAUAUGACACUAUCACAAAUUAGACUUGUUUUUAAAUCUGAAUCAUUACGCUCUGUAUUUAAGGUUACGGUAAACAGUUGCUCAUGAAUGUUCAUCUUAUAAUGAUUUUUGUGAAACUAUAAGUGCCUUGAUAAAAGUUUGAAGCACACACAUGAUAAACAUUAUCAGUGUAUUAAUCUGUACGACAA